CCGCUCGCUGUUGGCAAAGGGGUUUGGGGGGCAGAGACAAAAAGUAGUUUUUUUUUUCUUUCUCCUCCUCCUCCUCCUCCUCCUCCUUCUCCUGCUCCUAUUUCUUGCCGACCCCGCCAUCCUCCCAUCACAAAGCUGGUCGGCUUUGCUCUCGCACGUCUGCAGAGUGAGAAGUCCUUACUCUGGCCCUUGGGUUCCAGUGAAGGUCUCUUUUCAUCCCUGCCAGGGAACGAGAGAAGCCCGCUGACCCACGGCUAGCUUUGCCCCUCUCCUUCUCAGUCUUUCGUUGCUUGGUUUUUUCUUUUUCUUCCUUCCUUCCUUUCUUUCUCUCUUUCUUCCCCCCCCCCUUUUUUUUUAAAGCAUCAGGCGUAUAACGUAGUGUAGGUGUUAGGAGCUUUUAGAGCAGCAAACGGGAGCGAGGACAGAGACAACCGGUCCAUCCGUCCGUUGCUGUGCUUUGCUUUUAAAUUUUAUUUUACCUUUUAAAAAAUCAUUUCUCUUAAUUAAAAAAAAAAUGAACAAGCUGUACAUCGGCAACCUGAGCGACAGCGUGAGUCCAGUAGAUCUGGAAAGUAUCUUUAACGACUCCAAGAUCCCCUACACCGGCUCUUUCCUGGUGAAGACGGGCUAUGCGUUCGUGGACUGCCCCGACGAAAACUGGGCGAUGAAGGCCAUCGAAACCCUUUCAGGUAAAGUGGAAGUGCAUGGAAAACUCAUCGAGGUGGAGCACUCAGUCCCGAAGAGGCAGAGGAGCCGUAAGAUCCAGAUCCGAAACAUCCCGCCUCAUCUGCAGUGGGAGCUGACGGUUGAUUUGUACUGUGGGCCCUUGUCCCUUGGUACACAAGUCGUCUUCAUCCCUUGCUGGAAGGUACUGGACAGUGUUUUGGCUCAGUACGGGUCUGUGGAGAAUUGCGAACAAGUGAACACUGAUACUGAGACUGCUGUGGUCAAUGUAACCUACAGCUGCAAGGAGCAGGCUAGACUUGCCAUUGAGAAGCUGAACGGCUUUCAGCUGGAGGGGUACACCCUGAAAGUGGCCUAUAUCCCGGAUGAGUUGGCCGACCUGCCCAUGCCGCACUCUCCAGUCAUGUCGAACCGCCGUGGCUACGGCCACAGGGGAUCCCAGAGACAGGGGUCCCCAGGAGGAGCUUCUGGGCAGAACCACCAGAACGAUGUUCCUCUCCGUAUGCUGGUCCCCACCCAGUUUGUUGGAGCGAUUAUUGGGAAAGAAGGUGCCACCAUUCGGAACAUCACCAAGCAGACCCAGUCUAAAAUUGAUAUUCAUCGCAAGGAAAAUGCAGGGGCGUCUGAGAAGCCGAUUACUAUCCAUGCUUCCCCUGAAGGCUGUUCGACCGCUUGCAAGAUUAUCAUGGAGAUCAUGCAGAAGGAGGCCCAGGAUACGAAAUUGCGCUUCCAUGGUAUUUCAUCUCGGACCGGGCUUAAUGCAUUGCCUCGCACAUACACCGACGAAAUUCCUUUGAAGAUUUUGGCCCAUAACAACUUUGUUGGCCGACUGAUUGGAAAGGAAGGAAGGAACCUGAAGAAAAUCGAGCAGGAUACGGAUACAAAGAUCACCAUCUCCCCACUGCAGGAGUUGACUCUGUAUAACCCAGAGCGUACCAUCACUGUUAAAGGUAGCAUUGAGACUUGUGGAAAGGCCGAGGAAGAGAUCAUGAAGAAAAUAAGGGAGUCUUAUGAGAGUGAUCUCAGUGCUAUGAAUGUGAGUUCUGAAAUACUGGAGCUUCAAGCCCACUUACUUCCCGGAUUAAACCUGAAUGCCCUGGGUCUGUUCCCAGCCUCUACUUCUGGGAUACCCUCCCCUUCCACCCUGGGGGUUCCUUCGGCCGCAGCCGCUACUAACUACCUGCCGUACGGGCAACAGGCUGAAACUGAGACCGUUCACCUGUUCAUCCCAGCCAUGGCUGUGGGAGCCAUCAUUGGCAAGAUGGGGCAGCAUAUCAAGCAGCUCUCUCGCUUUGCAGGAGCUUCCAUCAAGAUUGCCCCUCCGGAGACCCCAGAUGCCAAGGAGAGAAUGGUGAUCAUCACUGGGCCUCCGGAAGCCCAGUUUAAGGCCCAAGGAAGGAUCUAUGGAAAGCUCAAGGAAGAGAACUUCUUUGGCCCCAAGGAAGAAGUGAAGCUUGAGGCCCAAAUUAAAGUGCCCUCCUAUGCGGCGGGGAGAGUCAUUGGCAAAGGAGGAAAAACGGUGAACGAGCUGCAGAAUUUGACCAGUGCUGAGGUGGUGGUUCCCCGUGACCAGAUCCCCGAUGAGAACGAUGAGGUGAUUGUGAAGAUAACUGGCCAUUUCUAUGCGUGCCAGCUCGCCCAGAGAAAGAUCCAAGAGAUUCUGGCACAGGUUAAAAGGCAGCAGCAGAUGCAGCAGCAGAAGAAUGCCAAUGCUGCGGCCGCCGCCGCCGCUGCUGCGGCUGCCGCUUCGGCCGCUGCUGCUACUGGCGGCGGUGGUGGUGCGUCUGCCGCUGUCCCUGGGACAAGCGGCCAGCUUCAGCCCAGGCGCAAGUAGAGAGGUUAAGGAAUCGGCCCAUCUCAACAAAAGAUGCCAAACCAAAGACGAGACUAAAUAUAAUAGAUGGGUGAGGAAACACCUAUCCCUAAAUCAUUAAUUAGAAGUCCCACCUACCAAAAGCUUAUUUGAUUGAAGACCAGGCAAAUUUUGAAUUCGUGAUUUAAAAAAUUAUAAAUGUAAUGUCCUCUCAAGUUUCCGGAACCUGGCUUUCUAAAGAACCAACACGAACAACGGCAUGGCUUUGACGGCGAUGAUGAUGGUGACGACUCCAGUACCAAGAACAAACAACGAGUCACAUUUCCCUUGUGUUCUAUUCUUGAAAUUUGUUGUAAAAGUGAUUUGAUGUUUAUCGUGUGUGAUAUUCUCCUACCAUUUUAGAUGUUGGUUAAAUUUAAGCUUUGUUCUCACGUUACCAUCUUGAACAGAGAGAAAGAAAGGCAUUGCUAUUUACCCAUUGCUCAUGAAAAUAAGCCAGUGGAAUCGAUUGGUGGACUAGAAUUAUAUCCAGUAAAUUGUCAACAAGUAUAAUUAAAAUUAGAUGUAUGUAUCCCAAGCCAGUGGCAUUUUUUAAGAAAUUUGGUUGCAUUUUUACCAAGGGAAAUGUUGAGUGGUAUUGGCCAGGACGUGGAAAGAAGAGUAUGCAUUUUACAAAACUACCUCAGGCGUAGAGAGCACUUCCCAAAAAAAAACAAAAAACAAAAAAAACAAAACAAAAAACAAAAAACAAAAAAACAAACAAAAAAAAAUCCUUUCCUUUCUUUUGGUAAUCUGGACACUUGAUAAAACAAAAAGUCCCAGAAUUUUUUUUUUUAAUGAAGCAGAUUUAAAAAUCUGAUCAACCCACUGUCUGAAGCAAGAUGAGGUGAUUUUAUUGGGCACAGAGCACAUGGUGCUUUGAGCUGGUGGUUGAUGGGAAUAAAAUUGGAAAACCCAACCUCGGGGUCUUCAGAGGCUCCUGCCACCAAAAUCAACCAAACUAGUCAAAUGCUCCCAAGAUCCUGAACAAUGCCAAUAGGAGAGCAGCAAUGCCACUUGUAUUUUUUUCUUUUUUAAGACGGGAUUUAGAAGAAUCGGCCCUCUUUUGGGGAACAGAACUAAGAUGCUGGGGGUGGGGGUGGGGGGAUCAAGCUGAACUAGUCGCUGGAGACUGACCUGUUUGCGCUCCUGGAUUAGAUGCAUGAACGUUCCCUUUGUGCCUCUGACCAUCACUGCCUAAAGAAACAAUGCUUCAGUGAUCCAUGCAGUCCGUUUGGGUGUUCAUUGUGUUCAAAGAGCAAGCUUCCUCUUCAGUGCUGUAGGCCAUGUAACUGUUGGACCAUUUCUCUGCUUGUCACGCUUUAGCUAUCACAACUGUUCUCACCACAACCAGGGGCAGGCGAGGUCAAAGAUCAUCUGACCACAGUGAAAGACCAGGAAAGGCUACAUAUCCAGCCACUAUCAUGGGCCACACUAAACUACCUUAAAAGUCUAAAAAUGAACUAAACCCCAAAGUGUUAAAAACACACCUAAAAUAAAGCCUCCUAGUCUGGCGUAAAGAUAAUAAACCAUAGCGGGGUUUAGACAGUCUGCAACCAACCAGCUGAAAAUAAAUUAGUCAAAAGACAGGGAUGUAGGAAAGCUACUAAAUUUCUCUCCAAUUUCUAAAUGUAAUUUGAAAAAAAAAAAUGAUUGUGCUACUACGCAUUCAAGUUUCUCCAAUAAACUUCAAUCUACCUCA